AUGGAGCCGGAAGCAGCGAGAGAAGAAGAAGAGAAGAAAGAAGGCUUGAUUGAGUUUUAUGAUUCCUUCAAGGAUAUGUUUGAGUUCUUCUGCAAGAACACAACAAUCCACGGCACCAUCCGCCUUGUAUGCUCAGACAGCAAUAGGAUGAAAACAGCUUUUUGGACGCUGCUUUUACUUGCCAGCUUUGGCAUGUUAUACUGGCAAUUUGCACUUAUGUUCAGCCAGUACUGGGCCUACCCUGUCGUCCUGACCAUGUCAAUGCAUUCAGGGCCCAAAAUGUUUCCAGCAAUUACCAUCUGCAAUCUGGACCCAUACAGAUUUGAACUGGUUAGUGAACAUUUGAUUCAGUUGGAUCGUAUGGCAGAGGAAUCUAUUGCUUUUUUGUAUGGCAUCAACACAUCAGCCAGCUUAUUCCACAUGAAUGAGAAAAACAUCCACGUAAAAGACUUAGGCAAUCUCAGCAGAUCAAGCUUCAAGCUGAGCCAAAACUUCUCACUCUUGAGAAUGCCUGAUCACAAUAAUAGGUCCAGGAAUAAGCAUUCCAGCGUGGGCUUCAGGCUGUGCAAUGCCACAGGUGGGAGUUGCUUCUACAAGACCUAUUCAUCUGGGAUGGAUGCAAUUCUUGAAUGGUAUAGGUUUCACUACAUGAAUAUCAUGUCCCAGCUACCAGUUAUAAUCAACAUUUCUGACCAUACGGAGCAAAUAGAAGAUAUGGUCUACUCCUGCCAGUAUAAUGGGGAGCCCUGCAGACCCAGUGACUAUGUUCACUUUCACCACCCAGUCUUUGGAAGCUGCUAUACUUUUAACAGCAAGGGAACAGACCCUUUUUGGACAGCUACAAAACCAGGAAUUCCUUACGGACUUUCGCUUAUCCUGAAAGCAGAGCAGAAGGAUCACAUCCCACUCUUGUCUACAGUAGCAGGUGCGAAAGUGAUGAUACACAACCACAAUCAGACACCAUUCCUUGAGCAUGAAGGCUUUGACAUCAGACCAGGCAUUGCAACAACCAUAGGCAUUCAACAGGAUGAGGUGAAUCGCCUGGGCGGCAAUUAUGGGAAAUGCACGACUAAUGGCGAUGAUGUGAAUGUUAAACUCCUGUACAACAACUCCUACACCCUGCAGGCUGAAUACUGUGACUACAAUAAGCAGCCUGCAUGGGGUCACUGCUUUUACCAGUUGUACAACAGGCUCAGAAAUCAUCACCUGAAUUGUUUUGACCAGUGCCCCAAGCCUUGCCGGGAAUCACUGUACAAGGUGUCUGCUGGGACAGCUAAAUGGCCAUCAUCAAAGUCUCAGGACUGGAUCCGUCAAGCUCUAAGGCAUCAGAGUGGAUAUAACUCUACCAGCAACAGGAAGGAUAUUGCCAAGGUGACUAUCUUCUACCAGCAACUGAACUACCAGUCUGUGAACGAGUCUCCUUUACUCUCAGAGAAUCUGCUUCUGUCCAGCAUGGGAAGCCAAUGGAGUCUCUGGUUUGGAUCCUCAGUGUUGUCUGUAGUUGAAAUGUUUGAGCUGCUUAUAGAUACGCUAGUCUUGUCUCUCCUCUUCUGCUACCAAAGGUUCAGGUCAAAGAAGACAUUGAAAGUAGCUCACACUCCUACCAUCCCCAGUGUGAGCUUGACCCUAGAAAACUACCGAGUUGUGCAAGAAGAAGCUGGAAAAAGUGAUGAUUCUGUUCACACUCACCCUUCUGGAGUGACUGUUGCCAUGGACAACAGUGACCUGCAUCUUCACCCACUCUCCAGCAAGGUGGAAAUGCCAGAGCUUUGCCCAGAUGUGGUGCUUAAUGGAUUUAGAUACAUGAAGGACAGCUCUUUGAAAGGGGAACCGAAUAGCUAA